AUGGUCUGCAUUGAAUUAAGUUUACCCUACAAUAAAUCACUGCUAAUAAGCACAUGGUAUAGACCACCAAAUUCUCUUAUGAAUAAAUUUGAUUACUGGGCAAGCUUUUUAGCAAAAUGUGAUAAUGAAGAUAAGGAGCUAAUCCUCAUAGGAGAUCUAAAUUGUGAUGUCAGUAAAACUAUACCUGACCCUCACACAUGUAAGUUGCAAUUUUUAUGUUCUCUGUAUCAGAUAGACCAACUUAUUAAAGAAUCUACAAGGCUAACUCCUAAAUCAGCUACACUAAUUGAUUUAAUAUUAACAACUAGACCAGAAAAUAUUUCCAGAUCAGGUGUCAUUCACCUGGGAAUUUCAGAUCACAGCCUUGUCUACGCUGUGAGAAAAUUUACACUACCGAAUGGAAGGCAAAAAAUUCGUCAGGUUCGUAACUUUAAAAACUUUGUCGAAAAUGAUUUCAUUCGGGAUGUGUCUCAAUUGCCUUGGGAGAUGGUCUAUCAGUUUGGAGAUCCCAAUUUAUGUUGGCAAGUCUGGAAAUCACUAUUAUUAGAUGCACUUAUAGACAUGCCCCUCUGCGCCACAAGCGAAUAA